AUGGCCGACCUCUCGGACAUCGGGCUCUACGGCUUGGCCGUCAUGGGGCAGAACUUUGCGCUCAACAUGGCGUCCCACGGGUUCAAAGUCUCGGUGUGCAACCGCUCGCCCGACAAAGUGGACGCGACCGUGCAGCGCGCGCACGACGAGGGCGAGCUCCCGCUCGUGGGCUUCAAGGACCUCGAGGCCUUUGUCGCGUCGCUCGCACGGCCCCGCAAGAUCAUCAUCCUCGUCGUCGCGGGGAAGCCCGUGGACUUGACGAUCGCAGCGCUCGCGACGUUCAUGGAGCCCGGCGACAUCCUCAUUGACGGCGGCAACGAGUGGUUCCCGAACAGCGUCCGUCGCGCCAGCGAGCUGGAGCCCAAGGGCAUCCACUUCAUUGGCAUGGGCGUGUCUGGCGGCGAGGAAGGCGCUCGGAACGGGCCGUCGCUCAUGCCCGGCGGCCCGCGAGAAGCGUUCGACGCCAUUGAGCCGAUCCUGACCAAGUGCGCGGCCCAGGUGGACGACGGCGCGUGCACGACGUACCUGGGGCCCAUUGGCGCUGGCAAUUACGUCAAGAUGGUGCACAACGGCAUCGAGUACGGCGACAUGCAGCUCAUUGCCGAAGCCUACGACAUCCUCAAGCUCGCGGGCGGCCUCACGAACGACGAGCUCGCAAGCGUCUUUGACGACUGGAACAAGGGCGAGCUCGAGUCGUUCCUCAUUGAGAUCACGGCGCAGAUCUUUGCCAAGAAGGACGACCUCGAGGACGACGGCUACGUGCUGGACAAGAUCUUGGACAAGACGGGCAUGAAGGGAACGGGGCGCUGGACCGUGCAAGAAGCUGCCGAGCGGUCGAUCGCGGCCCCGACGAUCACGGCGUCGCUCGAUGCGCGCUACCUCAGCGCGCGCAAAGAAGAGCGUGUGUUUGCCUCCAAGAUCCUCGCCGGACCGAGUGAAAUCCCGGCCGUUGACAAGCAGCAGCUCAUUGACGACGUGCGUCAGGCUCUCUACGCUUCGAAGAUCUGCUCGUACGCUCAAGGCCUCAACUUGAUCCGUGAGGCGGGCGUGCAAAUGGGCUGGAACGUCAACUUGGGCGAGUGUGCCCGCAUCUGGAAAGGCGGCUGUAUCAUCCGAGCCAAGUUCCUUGACCGGAUCAAAGCGGCCUACUCGAAGGAUGCGACGCUCAUCUCGCUGCUGGUGGACCCGGACUUUGCCGCGGAGCUACAGGCUCGUCAAUACUCAUGGCGUCGCGUCGUGUCGCUUGCCGUGGCUAGCGGCAUCCCCACGCCUUCGUUCUCAGCCUCGUUGAACUACUACGACACGUUCCGUCGCGAACGUCUGCCAGCUAACCUGACACAGGCUCAGCGGGACUUUUUCGGGGGCCAUACCUACGAGCGCACGGACCGCGAGGGUCUGUUCCACUGCGCCUGGUCCGCUGCCCACCACAGCAUUGGCAAUGUGCAGGAUCGCAUCCGUGGCAAUCUGUAG